UCUGCUCCAUCCGGGAACUUCAGAAUUACCAUUGACAGCCGAAGCGCAACUUUUCCCCAGGCAAAGUGAAAUCAAGCCGCGGACUCGGACAAAAUAUAGUCCCCGUUUUUCAACUUAAAAUUACGGAAAGAAAAGCUGACCCGCUCCCCCGUCGGACCCCUCGACGUUCGGCCGUUAAUCUGGAGAGGACCCGUCCGGGCCCGGAGCUCUUUCCGCCGGGUUUGGAGCACUUUUGAAGACGGGCGGAAAGUGGGUGAUGAGUCCCUAGCCCUGGAAAAAAAAAGAAGCGAGAACUUGCUUUUUUUUUUUUUGUGGCAGCCCGAGUAGUUCUUUCUUUCCACUUGUUAUUGUCGCUUUAAAACAAAAAAACAAAAAUCCUUCUUUUUUUUUUUUAAAUUCACUUAAACUUGGGGUCGAAAAGUGGGAGAAAAGUGGUUCUCCGGCCGGAACAUGGAACUACAGGGCCUGCACGAGGCGCUGGAAGUAGAAAUCCAAUGUCAUCAGGACGGAGAGCUGAGGAGACAGAUCCACGACCGGAGAGUAACGGCCCUGAGCGACAAGCAAAACCAGACGCUCUGCAAAGGCCUCAACGAGCUGCAGAACGGACAGAAGCUGGCUGUCAGAAGUUGUCCCGUCGGGUCCACGAAGCCUCUGUCUCUCAUAAAGCCGCCUCCCAGCCAGGUCAUCGCCAAGGCUCCCGUCUCCAUGGUGACCGCACGCAUCAACGGGCAGAAGGUGGCGAGUUCGGACUCGCUGCAGACGACCCCCAUCAACCUGCAGACGGGCGGCAGGGCGGCGCCCGUCGGAGUCCACGCGUUCAGCAGCAGGAGAGCCGGAGAGUUGCCUCCCUCUCAGAUGCUGGGAACUCUCACCGCUGUGCCCAUCAAGGUGCCUCAAGUCAGCUCCCUGCACCGGUUGGCAGGACAAGCAGCCACUGUGCUACCUCAGGUCAGGCCAAAGACCCAGAUCCCCGACAGCCUCCCUCACAGCCCGUGUGAGGAGCUGCAGCCGCUCGGCCUGCAGAGGGCCACUGCCGUGGUCAGUCCCCGGGGCCAGGGCCCCACCUUGCCCACCGCCAACAGCACCUUCAGCCCCGAGCACCAGCCCAAAGGCCAGAGCGCCGCCUCGCCGCCCCCCCACGGCCAGGCAGGGUGCGCCGACUCCGGCGGACCGGUCCAGCACGCCUCUGCGGGGCCCGGCGUGGCGUACGCCAUCAUCGCCGCCUCGCCCGCCACCAGCAACGGGGUGUCGGCCGUCAGCGAGGCCAUCAAGGUGAUAAUAAUCCAGCCUCAGGCCCCCAGCAGCACUGAGAGGGCUCCAGCUGACCUUCCGUCAAAGGAGGCCCCGCCCACCCCCAAAUCACCCAAAUCACCCAAAUCCCCCAAACCACAGAAGAAAGACGAGGACCCCGAGAAGGUCGCCUUCAUGGUGGCGCUCGGCCUCGUCACCACAGAACAUCUGGAAGAAAUCCAGACGAAGAGACAAGAGAGGAAGAGGCGGAGCACAGCGAACCCGGCGUACAGCGGCCUGUUUGAACCGGAGCGUAAACGUCUGGCGUCUCACUACCUGAACAGCUCGCUCUUCCUGUCGGCUCGAGACUCUGAGGAUUUCUGCUGGAAGGAGGACGUGGAGCAUGACGACCACUGUGCCGUCUGCAAGGAGGACGGGGAGCUGCAGCCCUGCCACAACUGCCCCAGAGCCUUCCACCCAGACUGCCUCCACCCGCCUCUCAAGACGCCCCCCCGAGGACCCUGGUACUGCCCCAAGUGCCAGAAGAAGGUCUUGAAUAAAGAAAACAUGUCGUGGCCUCAGAACUUCGUUCAGUCCUACGUCACACACAAGACAGUGCGGCAGGAAGAGAAGCGCCGGCUGCUGAGACGAAACGUGGAGCUGAAGAAAGAGUGCGCUCACCUGGAGGAACAAGACGAGAAGCUGAACGACACGCUCAAACACUGCAUGGACCUGAGGGAGCGCCUGCUGGGGCAGCAGAGAGACACUCAGGCGUCACUGGAGCGCCUCAAAGCUCUCGUCCGGUUGAUCCAACGCGACCAGCUGAUCCAGGUCACCAUGACGACCACCGCCACCAUCGCCGCCGCCUCCCUGCUCUCCCAGUCCUGGAUCAAACCCACCAGCGCCGCCCCAGUCGCCCCCACCACAGCCCCCGCCGCCGCCCCCGCCCCGGGCCCCUCGGCCACGCCCCUGCCGCAGAAGAGCCACGCCCACAGCCAGGACGACGUCAACAACUAGCCGCGGCCUUUUUACGCGAAUGCUGAUGAUUUCUUUUUGUCUGAAUAAUAUCUAACCAUCUUUUUCUCCGAGGAGCUGAAAAAAAGCCACAAAAGAAACUGAGAGAAAAAGAGCGUCUUCACUCCAUUCAAGUAUUUUUUAAAACCCAACACCUACAGUGCUUACGAGAUUUCUUUUUUUAUGUUCUUUUCUAUUUAUUAAUGUUCUUGGCCUUAAUGUAUUUAUUACAAAACGUUAGAUUACAGUGCUGCUGCCGCGGGAACACGACAGGAGUUCCUGUGGGCGGUCCAAAAGAUAUUUCCCUUUUUUAGACACAGGUCUGAUUCUUGUUCUGCGAAUAGCGAGAAAGAACGUAGCGGUGGUGCUAGCGGUGGCACUAGCGGUGGUGCUAGCGGUGGCACUAGCGGUGGUGCUAGCGGUGGUGCUAGCGGUGGCGCUAGCGGUGGCGCUAGCGGUGGACUGAUAUAUCGGAGUAGACGUUCCUUCUCAUUCUCCUAUGAACAAUGUUUUUUGCCAUAAUAAUUCAGGAAACGUUUCAUCGUGUAUGUGAACGCAUACGAGCCUUCAAACAAAAGCAGAGAAUAACUUUUUUUCAGUAUUAAUAGAGUUAAAGUCAAAGAAAAAAGUAUUUAAGAUAAAACUACAGAAAUUAGCGUUUCUAGUGGAGAUUUUAGUAUUUUCAUGCUGAUGCCUGUUGAUAAAUGUACGUUUGGAGUAUUCAAGGGGAUCAUUGUACAGAUGUCGUAUUAUUAUUAUUAUUAUUAUUAUCAUCAUUAUUGCAGGUUCUGUUUUUUUACUGAAGUCACAUCUGAAACAGGUGAGUCUCUGAAUAUUCACCUGUUGGUUUUCUGUUCCACGGCAACACAAACCAGAACAAAACCACAAAUAAAGGUUCUGUAUUUUAUGUGUUAAAAACAUUUUUACCCACAAUGCCCGGCGUAGAAACAUGAAAAUAUAACAUAUCAUAUAAUAAUGAUAAACUGGUGUUUUCUUUGUUAUCACUAAAAAUAUCAAGAGCUGAGAAUCAGGAAACAUGUUAAAAGGUUCCUUUAAAGUCUCGUUCAGAGGAACCGACUAGAGAUGUUCUAAGAACGCGCUUCUCCUUUAAGAGAAUCAGAGCGAUGACGGACACGUGUUGCCGCAGCAGAAGCCAACGGGUCAAUAGAGAGCUCUUUGUUCCCAGCUGCACUCGAACGCGUCCCAGUCGAUGUGAUCACCCUCCCCUUUAAACCAGUAUAGAAAAUAUGCCAAAAACCUUUUUCUUUGUUUUUGUACUGGGAUCUUUUUUAUUUUCUUCCUCUUCCUGCCGGUUUCAUAUUUCCCGUGUUUCAUGAACGUUCCGCGGAGGACGAAGACGACCUCGUCUUCCUCGUCAGCUUCCAGGUGAACGCAGUAGUUUCAGUCUUUUUUAUCCAUUCGAUGCACAAACACGAACAAAAGUUUCACAGAACGAGAAAGAAACGGGAAGUCGUUUAGAUUCUGAAGCAUAAACGAGCAAUACGGAGGAAACACGACUUCAACCACUUGUUGUUGUUGUUGUUGUUGUUUAGGUUGAGUUCAGACGAGCAACAUCAUGACUAACUUCUUUAACUUCUUCAUCAGAACUAAUUCAAUACUCUUUUUUUAUUAAUAUAAACUAGAAAAAAGUCUUUGUUCACAUUUAAGAAGCUGGAAAAGAAAUUAAUGUUCAGAAAAUACUUUAAAUGCAGAAAUCUGAUGAAAACGUUCAUUUCUGUUCCCGCUGUCACUCUGAGCCAGAUGCACAUAUAAGUAUAAGUAUGUAUAAGUAUAUAUAUAUAUGUAUACUUGUAUAUACAUAUACUUUACCAGAACACUGAAGUUGAUGUCUGCAGAUGAAGGUUUUGAUAACAUUUCUUCUCAAAUUACAAAUGAAUUUAUUAAAUAUAUUAAAUCUGGAGCUUCUCGCCUAAAAUGAAGACAUAAAAACAUUAAAAUAUUUUUUUUUCUAAAAGAAUAAUUUUUAUUUCACAAUAAACGAGAAACAAGUUCCUGAACUAUUAAAAUAAAAAGGUUUAAUUAUAAGUAUAAUUCAGAGGGAAAUAACUUCAUGAUGUAGCGACAUCUAUAAACACGUAUUUUAUAGAAAUAACAAUAAAUAAAGUAGUUAAAAUUAGAUCGACGACAAUGUUCAGAUUCUACGACACAACGUGAAAUAAUUAAAUGGAAAUAAAUAAAUAUCGUAAUGCUCCCGAGGGCCAAUUUACUUUAAUCAUAUUUAAAUAUUUUAAAUAUCCACCACUGAAUUUACUGCAGUUUAAUAAGAGGCGGUCUCGUUUCAGACGAGGAGGUCUCGUUUCAGACGAGGAGGUCUCGUUUCAGGCGGUCUCGUUUCAGGCGAGGUGGUCUCGUUUCAGGCGGUCUCGUUUCAGGCGGUCUCGUUUCAGACGAGGUGGUCUUGUUUCAGGCGGUCUCGUUUCAGGCGAGGUGGUCUCGUUUCAGGCGGUCUCGUUUCAGACGAGGUGGUCUCGUUUCAGACGAGGUGGUCUUGUUUCAGGCGGUCUCGUUUCAGGCGAGGUGGUCUCGUUUCAGGCGGUCUCGUUUCAGGCGAGGUGGUCUCGUUUCAGACGGUCUCGUUUCAGACGAGGUGGUCUUGUUUCAGGCGGUCUCGUUUCAGGCGAGGUGGUCUCGUUUCAGGCGGUCUCGUUUCAGGCGGUCUCGUUUCAGACGAGGUGGUCUUGUUUCAGGCGGUCUCGUUUCAGGCGAGGUGGUCUCGUUUCAGGCGGUCUCGUUUCAGACGAGGUGGUCUCGUUUCAGACGAGGUGGUCUCGUUUCAGGCGGUCUCGUUUCAGGCGAGGUGGUCUCGUUUCAGACGGUCUCGUUUCAGACGAGGUGGUCUUGUUUCAGGCGGUCUCGUUUCAGGCGAGGUGGUCUCGUUUCAGGCGGUCUCGUUUCAGGCGGUCUCGUUUCAGACGAGGUGGUCUUGUUUCAGGCGGUCUCGUUUCAGGCGAGGUGGUCUCGUUUCAGGCGGUCUCGUUUCAGACGAGGUGGUCUCGUUUCAGACGAGGUGGUCUUGUUUCAGGCGGUCUCGUUUCAGGCGAGGUGGUCUCGUUUCAGGCGGUCUCGUUUCAGGCGAGGUGGUCUCGUUUCAGACGGUCUCGUUUCAGACGAGGUGGUCUUGUUUCAGGCGGUCUCGUUUCAGGCGAGGUGGUCUCGUUUCAGACGAGGUGGUCUCGUUUCAGACGAGGUGGUCUCGUUUCAGACGGUCUCGUUUCAGGCGAGGUGGUCUCGUUUCAGACGAGGUGGUCUCGUUUCAGACGAGGUGGUCUUGUUUCAGGCGGUCUCGUUUCAGGCGAGGUGGUCUCGUUUCAGACGAGGUGGUCUCGUUUCAGACGAGGUGGUCUCGUUUCAGACGGCGCCUCCAGACUCGUUCACUUUAAACCAAAAGAUUUCAAGUCGUUGGAGCUCAAAUUAUGCAAAGAAGUAAAAGGAGACUAAAUAUUAGCACAAAAACACUUAAAUUCUCAAAAUAUCAAUUUAGAAUCUCAAACUACACAGUAUCCAAAAUAACGACUUUAAUGACUUAAUCUCUCAAUAACGACUUAAUCUCUCCCUCAAUAACAACUUAAUCCCUCAAUAAUGACUUAAUCUCUUAAUAACGACUUAAUCCCUCAAUAACGACUUAAUCCCUCAAUAACGACUUAAUCUCUCAAUAACGACUUAAUCCCUCAAUAACGACUUAAUCCCUCAAUAACGACUUAAUCCCUCAAUAACGACUUAAUCCCUCUAUAACGACUUAAUCUCUCAAUAACGACUUAAUCUCUUAAUAACGACUUAAUCUCUUAAUAACGACUUAAUCCCUCAAUAACAACUUAAUCCCUCAAUAACGACUUAAUCUGUAUAACAACUUAAUCCCUCAAUAACGACUUAAUCUGUAUAACUUAAUCUCUCAAUAACGACUUAAUCUCUAUAACAACUUAAUCUCUUAAUAACGACUUAAUCCCUCAAUAACGUCGUGAACAUUUGGCCAACGUUGCUUCUUCUCGACCAACUGGAUCUUCCACACAUUCGUGCCGUAGAACUCCUGCAGGAUGAAACUGAGGGUGAAGGUUCCUCGUCGGUUCUCCGGCUCGGAGAACCACAGAAGCAUUAAUAACAAUGAGCCUAACUUGCCUUUUAAAAAGAAUAAAUCAUGAUCAGAGAAGAUCUCUCAGCAGAAUGUACCACGCGAUGCAUAUCGAACCACACGGAACCAUAUCAGCGCUUCAGAACCCUAAAACGGGAACGCAGCCGUCCCCAGAACCUCCUCAUCUGUUUCUAGAACUCUUCUCCGGGAGAAACUGUGCAGUGCUUAAAAAUCUAUUUUAAUACACGACACAUCGGACAAAUGAAAAGAAGGAACAUUUUUAUAUUCUUUUAUCAAGAGAACGCAGAACCUUUUCUCUGGUUCCACCUGGAGGCGUCUCGAGGGCGGUGGUAGUGUAUAGGAAGUGUUGUCUUAAUAUGCCAAUGUAGUUUUUCUUUACGAUUAAAGGUCGGUGAUGAGUAA